UUGACCUCCAACAACCACCAAAAUGGCGAACAUCAAGUACAGACAAGAAAUGCCGCGGCCUGGCGGCUAUAGUGAGCCCAUGUGGCAAAAAGUUCCAAGGAAAAACUUUUCGGGGUAUCGUUGGUUUGCAUUUGGUACAGCUGUUAUGGGAGGUGCUAUAUAUUUUCACUUACGUAAUUUUGCAGCUGAGAAUAUGGGGCAAGUACACGCUAUGGAUAUGAUAGCCGCCUUGGAGCCUUUCUUAACAGCAGAGAAAGAUAGAAUGAUUUUGAAGCAACUGGUGAAGAACAGAGAGGAAGAGGCUGAAUUAAUGAAAGACGUGCCAGGUUGGACAGUGGGUACCUACUAUGGCAAGCCAGUUUACAGGAACCCUAACAAGCGAUGGGUAAUACCAAGUGGGAUUGAAUUUUAUGCUCACCGGGACUUGUUUGGAAGCAAUGAAAGUAUCAGAAAAAGGAUCCCAAUAUAUGACGAGGCUGGAAAUGUGGAAAAGUGGCUCAGGAAGCCUCAUCGCAAGCAUACAGUCUUGAUGGAUGAGUCUCCUGAAUAUGGGGAUAGUCCAGUUAAAGACAUGGUUGAUAUACAAGUGUAUCCAAAAGCUCCAUAUUAACAUUUUUUUUAAAAGUUGAGUUAUGAUGUAAUUUAUAUGAUAAAUUUCAUUGCUGAAAGUCUCUUGGAGUUACCUUGCCAUGGGAAUGGAAAAAGAUGACAUUAUUGCACUGUUGACUUUUUGUUUUGCACGAGUGUCAUGCAAAAUUGAAAUAAUCUAGGCCAUUGGUAAAUGUUACAUGAUACUGUUGUAAUCAUUAAUUACUCUGGAUGAUGUAUUUUUUUCAGUAACAAUAAAAUAACUUUAGAAAAAAACA